GUUCCGCAGCGUCGGGCCUUGGGAGCCCCGCUGUCACCUGCAGGCCCUGCCCAAGGUGGGGGGCAGACGAGGGGCCAGAGCAGAGCCGCCGCGCUGGGGACCCUGCGCCUCCGCCAGCACACAUGCGUCACCCCGCCGCCCCCUGCGCCCCAGCUUACCCCACCGCCCCCUCGGCCCCGGCCCCCACGCGGGAACGGAAGUCCCGCCUCCCCGGCCACUCUGAGCGCCGAUUGGCCGCCCUCAUCCCGCCACGCCCUCGCCGCGCCCCCCCACGCCCUCGCCGCGCCCCCGCCGCGGGGACAGCGGCUUCCGAGAGCGCUGUUCCGGGUGGGCUCCGCUGUCCUCUCCGGGGUCUCUGUGGGAGCAGCGGCCACAGCUUUCUAGGGGUUUCAGUAUUGCUGGACCCAGCCGCGUCACCUCAACUCGGGGACCGCCACCAUCCUUCUCCGUCUGCGGAAGGAAGGGGGCGUAUGCAAACAACCUGGAGUUCCAAGUUCCUGAUUGGGAUCGACUACAAGACCACCACCAUCCUGCUGGACGGCCGGCGGGUCAAGCUGGAACUCUGGGACACAUCGGGCCAGGGAAGGUUCUGCACCAUCUUCAGGUCCUACUCCAGGGGCGCACAGGGGAUCCUUCUGGUGUAUGACAUCACCAACCGUUGGUCCUUCGACGGCAUUGACCGGUGGAUCAAGGAGAUCGAUGAGCACGCACCCGGGGUCCCCCGGAUCCUGGUUGGGAACCGGCUGCACCUGGCCUUCAAGCGGCAAGUCCCGACAGAGCAGGCGCGUGCCUACGCGGAGAAGAACUGCAUGACCUUCUUCGAGGUCAGCCCACUGUGCAACUUCAAUGUCAUCGAGUCCUUCACCGAACUGUCCCGCAUCGUGCUUAUGCGGCACGGCAUGGAGAAGAUCUGGAGGCCCAACCGAGUGUUCAGUCUGCAGGACCUCUGCUGCCGGGCCAUCGUUUCCUGCACCCCCGUGCACCUCAUCGACAAGCUCCCGCUUCCUGUCACCAUCAAGAGCCACCUCAAGUCCUUCUCAAUGGCCAAUGGCAUGAACGCUGUUAUGAUGCACGGGCGCUCCUACUCACUGGCUAGUGGAGCAGGGGGCGGCGGCAGCAAGGGCAACAGCCUCAAGCGGUCCAAGUCCAUCCGACCACCCCAGAGCCCACCACAGAACUGCUCGCGGAGCAACUGCAAGAUCUCCUAGCUCGGCAGGCCAUGCCCCAUCCAGAUGCACUCUGGGAGGGCUCACGCUUGGGGAGUGCUCCCAGCCGGGCGCUGGGCCCAGCGCUGUGUGCA